GCGACGGAGAAAUAUCCACACGGCUAAUCUCCUCCCGCCCCGCCACUUCGCCGCUCGCUUACUCCCCGCGACCCGCCGCCUGCUCGGCUGCUCCCCGACCAUGAUCACCGCCGCAGGCGCGGCAACUGCCUUCCCGUUCGUCUCCUCCUUCCACCGCCCGCGCCUGCGUCCCUGCCCGCGCCGCGCCGCGGCCUUCCUUCCGGCCCGCGCCGGCGGCUCGUCCCCGUCCUGGGAGGAGCGCGAGGAGGCGCGGUGGCUCCGCGAGGAGCAGCGCUGGCAGCGGGAGGAGCAGCGCUGGCUACGCGAGGAGUCCCGCUGGCGCGCCGAGCGCGAGGCCCUGCUCGCCGAGGUCGCCGCGCUGCGGCUCCGCCUCCGCGCGCUCGAGGGGACUCACCCCCACCUCGCGGACGCCGUCGACGCCGUGGCCACGCCCGCGCCCCCGGCCGCGGUGCCCGCGCCGCAGCCCAGGCCGGCGCUCGUCGAGGAGGUCGAGGUCGAGGUGAGGAAGGAGGUAGUGGUGGUCGAGGAGAAGAAGGCGGCGGCCAAGGCCGAGGCGGGGAGCGGCGCCGGCGCCGGCAAGAGCAGGAGGACGCUGAGGACGGGGGCCGAGGGCGAGGACGUGCGCGCGAUGCAGGAAGCUCUGCAAAAGCUCGGUUUUUACUCGGGCGAGGAAGACAUGGAGUACUCCAGCUUCUCAUCUGGCACGGAGCGAGCUGUCAGGACAUGGCAGGCAACGGUAGGGACUUCAGAGGACGGAGUGAUGACUUCGGAGCUACUUGAGAGGCUAUUCUCAGGCAAGACUGGGGACGAUGGGAAAACUAAAGAUGGCACAAACGGAGCAGCUGUUCCUACUGUAACAGGAAUCGCGGAGGUUAGACAGACUGUGGUUACUGGAAAUGGUGUCUCAGGGGUAGGGGUUUCGGAGAACAGAGUGUUUCUUCUUGGUGAAAACAGGUGGGAGGACCCAUCCAGGCUGACACAGAAGAAAAAACCAGGCAGCACCGAUACUGCUGCGUCAGCUAAGACAUGCAUCUCCUGUAGAGGUGAAGGCCGCCUCAUGUGCUUAGAAUGUGAUGGGACAGGAGAGCCAAACAUCGAACCACAGUUUCUGGAGUGGGUUGGUGAAGAUACGAAGUGCCCAUACUGUGAAGGCCUUGGCUCCAUUUUAUGUGAUGUUUGUGAUGGGAAGAAAGUAAUGGCAAAUUAAGUGACUUAGAGGGACAUUGUGCCUUGUUUGUGUGCAUGCAUAACCGCGUGUGUAUAUACUACCAAUUGAGGACUGCAUUCACACGGCCAGUUUGGAUGACCUGUCAUCCUACAAAAAGCUGAGGCAUAGCGACAUUGUAAUACUGUUUCUUGUACAAUAGGAGAUAGAAACAUAUUGACAAGUAAGGCAAUUGCUUUCUCAAAUCAGGCUUCUAAAAUUAACAUGCCCGUUAAUAUUUCACU